CAACGGGGGAUGACAUAGAGUCCUUAAGCCCGGUCCGUUGCAGAUUUUGGAUUUUUUAAUUAAUAUAAACCCAGCCCAUUUGACGGAUUGAUCCGUAAAUAGCAUCUUGACGGACCCGGUCCGUGGGCGACGUGGCGGAAAGAGAUUGGACGGAGGAGCGUUUCUGUUUGGUAUUGGCGAAAAAAAAACCUCAUUUCGACGAAAGCAAAGAAAAAAAAAAAACCUCUCAACUCUCCAGGGCGAUUUGUCGGAUCCCACCGUCGCGAUUCAACUCCGUCUGAUCCUCAAGGUAAGUAGAAGCGUUUUCUUUUCUAUCGAUCUCCUGUGGUUGUUUCCAUUUAUAUUCAAUAGAUUUGGGAUCGUUUCGUAUCAAAAUUAGGGUUCGAAAAAAAUCUGCGAUUUGGGGAUUUUUUAUAUUAGGGUUUGAAAACCCUUUUGGGUCUCGAUCGCUUUUGGGAUUUGAAAACCCUUUUGGGUCUCGAUCGAUUUAGGGAUUUGAAAACCCUUUUCGGGUCUCGAUCGAUUUAGGGAUUUAAACAUUGUGCAUUUUUUCCAUUCGAUUUAGGGUUGCGACUCUAUUUAGUGUUGAUAUGUUCGUCUUUCUUAUUGUUUUUCAAAAUUAAUGCUAAUUUUUGUGUUUUGCUUGUCUCUUUCUUUGCAGGUUAACGAAAAUGGGAAGGUAUAGCUAUAGCCAGCCGUCCUCAUCAUCAGCGUCCGUCGACAUCGCCUCACUUCUCGAAGCUGAAGCUCAGGGUUACGCCGAUGAAGCUCAGAGUAGCUUCGAUAAUGGAGAGCCGUUUCAGAACCAACCUCAACCUGAGGGGGAUGAUGGCAUCCCGACGAUCUGCUACUGUGGGAGUGAGCCGGUUGUUGCUACAGCCUACACGGAAAAAGAUCCAGGCCGUAGGUAUUUCACCUGCAACAAUGUCGUUGAUGGAGCCACUCACAUCUGGAAGUGGUGGGAUGACGCGGUCAUGGAGGAGAUGAGGGACUUUCAGACGUAGAUAAGACGGCUUAAGGAAGCAGUUGCAGAGAGAGAGCAGAAGCUGCUGCUGCUAGAGAAGACUGUGUACGACGCAGGAAAGGAUACCACACGAGUUAAGCUAAUGGUGUGCCUGCUAGUGGUCAUAGGUUUGGUAAUCUUGGUUCUACAUGGUAAGUUCUCGACUUAUUUGGAUUUCAUUUUCAGUUUAUGCGUUUGUAUUAAAACAUUUGACUGCCUAAUGUUACUUGUUUGCAGGAGUAGCUUCAAAGGCUUCAAUGGGGAGUGUUCUAUCACCUGUCCAAUGGCGAAAAAAGUAAAGGUAGUUCUUUGAGGUCACGGGAGUUGUCACGGGUGGAUUUAGAGUACUGAGAGCAUUUUGGCAUGUAGCUCCUGCUCAUAAGUCACGGGUUUUCCCUUCUUGUAGUAUAAGUACUCGGAUAUGUAUGUCUUUCUCCUCAACAUCAAAAACCUUAUCAUCAAAACCUUUGUAAUAUUUUGGAACGAAAACCAUUGUAAUAUUUGUCUGCUACUUGCUUCUCUCAAUCCUUUGUAUCCAUCUCAUCAACUUGCUUCUCUGUACCAUAACCAUAAUCAGGUUUCGGUUGUUGUUUCAUAUGGCUUACAUGCAUUUUGUUUCAGUUUUACAUGCAUUUUGCUCGCUAUCGUCUUUGGCAUCUUAGGUUUUACAUGCUUGUUAAUAUGGCUUACAUGCAUUUUGUUUCAUAUGGCUUACAUGCAUUUUGUUUCAGUUUUACAUGCUUGUUAAUAUAUGUUUUAACUUUUAACUAGUUGUAUCAGUUAUAAGAACGGCUAUAUUUAUUCUCACUUUGUUUCUAGAAUUUUCUUCAUUUAUAAAAACUAGAAUCCCAAACUACCAAAAAAUAAGAAAAGAUUUAAAAGUAGAAAAAUUCAAAAUAUUUUUAACUUAUAAGAAAAAAAUAGAAAAUAUUUAAAAGUAGAAAUAGCCUAAAUAUUUUUAACUUAUAAGAAAAAAAUAUAAAAGAUUUAAAAGUAGAAAAAUUCAAAAUAUUUUUAACUAGAAAAGAUUUAAAAGUAGAAAUAAUCUAAAUAUUUUUAACUUAUAAGAAAAAAAUAGAAAAGAUUUAAAAGUAGAAAAAUUCAAAAUAUAAGAAAUCUUCUAAGCAACUUAUUAUUUAUCCACCAGGAUAAGCAAUGUCGUCAUCUUCAUCUGAUGAAAAUGAUGAAAUCGAGGAGAGAUUGGAUGAUAUUAUCGAAGAUUUCAUUGACGAAAUUUACGACGAUAUAGUGGAGGCCGAACCCAUACCGCAAAGAACCCGUAGCUAUACUGAACGACACCGCGAAGGAGGACAGCACCAGCUAAGCAAUGACUACUUCAACGACGACCAUUCGACAUAUUCGAUACAAACUUUCAGACGCCGAUUCCGCAUGAAUAAGGGAUUAUUCAUGCGUAUUGUCGAUGGCCUUGAACAAUUCUUUCCAUUCUUUCAGCAAAGAAAAGAUGCAACGGGGAGGUGGGGUCUUACUGCACUACAAAAAUGCACGGCAGUAAUUCGUCUACUUGCUUAUGGAAAUUCGGCUGACACGGUUGACGAAUAUCUCCGACUUGGUGAGAGCACUGCACUUUCUUGUUUACAUCAUUUCACUGAUGGGAUAAUACAGUUAUUCGGAGAUGAGUAUCUGCGACCACCCACAGCAGAGGAUCUUCAACGACUACUCGAUAUGGGAGAGAAACGAGGGUUUCCUGGGAUGGUCGGGAGCAUUGACUGUAUGCACUGGGAGUGGAAAAAUUGUCCAACCGCUUGGAAAGGACAGUACGCCCGUGGCCACGGAAAACCGACUAUUGUUCUAGAGGCCGUAGCUUCACAAGAUCUUUGGAUUUGGCACGCAUUUUUUGGUCUUCCAGGUACCUUAAAUGAUCUUAAUGUCCUCGAUCGAUCUCCUGUGUUUGAUGACCUUGUAGAAGGUCGAGCUCCCAGUGUGAGGUACAUGGUCAACAACCACAUGUAUAAGUUGGCAUAUUACCUCACAGAUGGUAUAUAUCCAAAAUGGUCAACAUUUAUCCAAACUAUCGCACUCCCUCAAAGUCCUAAACAACAGUUAUUUGCUCAAGUUCAAGAAUCAGUCCGAAAAGAUGUCGAACGGGCUUUUGGAGUAUUGCAAGCUCGGUUUGCGAUUGUGAAAAACCCGGUUCGUACAAUGGCCAAAGAGAAGAUAGGGAAGAUAAUGAGAGCAUGUAUCAUACUACACAAUAUGAUAGUUGAAGAUGAACGAGAUGGUUAUUCAAUGCGGUACGAUAUUUCAGAAUUUGAAGAAGGAGAAUCUUCCAGAACUUCGGAGGUCCUAAACGCAAACCCUACACUAAACGAAAUCCCGACAAUUCUCAAUAAUAUAUUUCCCAACCGAAAUGAUCUUCGUGAUAGGCAAACUCAUGAACGAUUGAAGAAUGAUUUGAUCGAAAACAUUUGGAAUAAAUUUGGCGAUGAAGAUUAAUAAUUAGUAUCUUUAUAUUUAAACCUUGUAUCUUUUAAUCCUUGUAUCUUUAAAUUGAAUCCUUGUACCUUUUAUUUUAAUUAUGCAAUUAAUAAAUUUUCAAUUUCAAUUUUUUUUU